GAAAUAGAUGAAUUAAAAUUGAGUGAUUUAGAUUACGAGGAAUAUGAAGAUUGUGAACAAAUAUUAGUUUGCAAUAACAAAAAUAAUAGGAUUGAUUUAUUAUUGGACGUAUUAAGGGUAGAUCAUUUAAAUGCAGAAGAAAAAGAAUCUAUAUACGAAAUUUGUUUUAAAUACGCAGGUUUAUUUUUUUUGGGAAGGUGAUAAGUUGUUAUUGACAAAAUCAAUUAAACAUACAAUACCAGUUCCAGAGGGAAUUGCGUCGAUAAAUGUAAAACCUUAUAGGUUGNCGAAAAUAAUAGGAUUGAUUUAUUAUUUGACGUAUUAGGGGAAGAUCAUUUAAAUGCAGAAGAAAAAAAAUCUAUAUACGAAAUUUGUUUUAAAUAAGCAGGUUAAUUUUUUUUUUGGAAGGUGAUAAGUUGUCAACGACAAAAUCACUUAAACAUACAAUACCAGUUCCAGAGGGAAUUGCGCCGAUAAAUGUAAAACCGUAUAGAUUGCCCAGGGUACAAAAAUAAAAAAAUAGAGAAGCAAAUAAAAGAGUUGGAAGACAGUAAAACUAUUGUAAAAAGUAGUUCCACAUGGAAUGCACCGUUAUUCGUAGUACCAAAAAAAGAUGAUGCAUCUGGAAUUAAAAAAUAUAGAGUAUGCGUAGAUUUUAGAAAAUUAAACGAAGUAACAGUAGGGAAUGUAUUUCCAUUACCUCAGAUAACAGAAAUUUUAGAUGAACUAGGGAAAUGUAAGUAUUUUACGACAAUCGAUCUAGCAUCAGGCUAUCAUCAAAUCGAAUUAGACGAAAAAGACACAGAAAAAACAGGAUUUUCAACAGGAGUAAAUCAUUAUAAAUUUCUAAGAUUACCAUUUGGAUUAAAAGGAGGACCUAGUACUUUUCAAAGGUUAAUGAAUAAUGUAUUAACGAGAUUACAAGGGGUAGAUGGUUUUGUUUAUUUGGACGAUAUAAUAGUAUUUGCACCUGAUUUAAAAGUGUAUAACGAAAGGUUAGAAAAGGUCAUGUGUAGACUUCGUGAACAUAAUCUAAGAGUUCAGCCAGCUAAAUGUGAAUUUUUAAAAAAAGAGGUAACAUAUCUAGGACACAUUAUAACAGAAAAUGGAGUCCGUCCUGACGAGAGGAAAAUAGAAAGUGUCGUAAAUUUUCCAUUACCAAAAAUUCAGAGAGAGAUAAAAGGGUUUUUAGGUUUAACAGGAUUUUAUAGGAAAUUUAUUCAAAAUUACAGUCAGAUAUCAGACACAAUAAUAACUAUGAAAGAUCGUACUAAGUUGGAAGAUCUGAAAUUAGGAAAUUUUUCACAAAAUUAA